AGGGAGAAAUCUGGCUGGCCAGUCGCAGUUUAGAAAAACGCCAUUGGGCAAACAAAAAAAUAAAGGUUUCUCCUGCGCCUGCGCUUAGUGCUAAAUAAACCGAUUUGUGCCUGUAAAACGCGAGUGCUAAGUUAAACCUGACUUAAACGGAGCGUUUAGUGCGUAGUGGAUUAACGGUCGCGAAAAAUGUUCGGCGGGGGAAAACGCAGCUAGGCGAAAUGCACUUGCCACCGCAGGCAGCACCAGCAGCAGGCCACCAUUUUUAAUUUCUUUGUUUAUUUUGUGCCCAUCUUCGCGGAGAGCCGAGAGCGAAAGAGACAGGGAGCGACCUGGAGACCGAAAAAGCUGGAAAUGGAAAUGGAAUUGGAAAUCGAAAUGAAAAUGGAAAUGAAGUGAACACGAGAAGUGGAUAUUGAGAGCAGCGAUGAUGGCCAGCAGCGCUGCCGCGGGAACAGGGGCAAAUGUUCCCUGUCCCGGUUCCGUGCCUGGAACGGUUGCUGGCGCUGGCGCAACUGGAACGGGCACUGCCACCGCCGCACCGCCUGUUAACCACACCCACGCCGUAUGCGUCUGGGAGUUUGAGUCGCGGGGCGGCAAGUGGCUACCCUAUUCGCCAGCGGUGUCUCAGCAUUUGGAGCGUGCGCACGCCAAGAAGCUAACACGCGUCAUGCUGAGCGAUGCGGAUCCGAGUUUGGAGCAAUACUAUGUGAAUGUGCGCACCAUGACCCAAGAAUCGGAGGCGGAUUCACCGGAGACGGGCCUGCUGACGGUGAUCGGUGUACGACGGAUGUUCUAUGCGCCCAGCUCGCCGGCGGGCAAGGGCACCAAGUGGGAGUGGUCAGGCGGCAGUGCGGACAGCAACAGUGACUGGCGGCCCUACAACAUGCAUGUCCAGUGCAUCAUCGAGGAUGCCUGGGCAAGGGGCGAGCAAACGUUGGAUUUGUGCAACAGCCACAUUGGUCUGCCCUACACCAUCAACUUCUGUAAUCUCACCCAGCUGCGCCAGCCCAGCGGUCCCAUGCGCAGCAUCCGCCGUACGCAGCAGGCGCCCUAUCCUUUGGUCAAGUUAACACCACAGCAAGCCAACCAAUUGAAAUCCAACAGUAGCAACAGCAGCAGCUCGUCCUCGGCCAGCGGGGGCAGCUACAACACGCUGCCCAAGCUGGGUGGUGAUAGUAGCAAAAGCAGCCUGCACCGAGUGCCCAUGACUAGGCAGCAGCAUCCAUUGCCCACUAGUCACCAGGUGCAGCAGCAGCAGCAGCAUCAUCAUCACCAGCAGCAACAGCAGCAGCUUCAUCAGUUACAGCAUCAUCAUCAUCAUCAGCAGCAGCAGCAGCCGCCCCAUCAUCAUCAUAAUCACCAUCACCAGCAGCAGCAGCAACAUCAUCAGACGGCGCCUAGAAAGCCGCCAAAGAAGCAUAGCGAGAUCUCCACUACCAAUCUCCGCCAGAUACUCAAUAACCUAAACAUCUUCAGCAGCAGCAGCAGCACCAAGCACUCGAAUAUGGCAACGGCAGCCAGCGCCAGUUCAUCAUCUUCAACGGCCUCCCUGCAUCAUCAUGGCAACCAUCUGUCGCAUGCCCACUUCUCGCACGCCAAGAACAUGCUAACGGCCUCCAUGAAUAGCCACCACAGCCGCUGCUCGGAGGGAUCAUUGCAAUCGCAGCGCAGCAGCCGCAUGGGCUCGCAUCGAUCACGUUCAAGAACGCGUGCCUCGGACACCGAUACGAACAGUGUGAAAUCGCAUCGAAGGCGACCCAGUGUGGAUACGGUGUCCACUUACCUCAGUCAUGAGAGCAAGGAGAGUCUGCGGAGUCGGAAUUUUGCCAUUUCGGUUAAUGAUUUGUUGGACUGUUCGCUGGGCAGUGAUGAGGUGUUUGUGCCAUCGUUGCCUUUAUCAUCGUUGGGUGAAAGAGCGCCCGUGCCGCCGCCCCUGCCACUGCAUCCGCGACAACAGCAGCAGCAGCAACAACAACAGCAGCAGCAGCGACAACAACAGCAGCAGCAACAGCAACAAUUGCAGCUGCAACAGCAGCAACAAUCAAUCGCCGGUUCGAUUGUGGGCAUUGAUCCCGCUAGCGAUAUGAUAUCGCGUUUUGUCAAGGUGGUGGAGCCACCGCUAUGGCCCAAUGCCCAGCCCUGUCCCAUGUGCAUGGAGGAGCUAGUGCAUUCCGCCCAGAAUCCGGCCAUAUCGCUGAGUCGUUGCCAGCAUCUGAUGCAUUUGCAGUGCCUCAAUGGAAUGAUAGUUGCCCAGCAAAAUGAACUGAACAAGAACCUCUUUAUCGAGUGCCCAGUGUGCGGCAUCGUAUACGGCGAAAAGGUGGGCAACCAGCCCAUUGGCAGCAUGUCCUGGAGCAUUAUAAGCAAGAGUUUGCCAGGCCAUGAGGGUCAAAACACCAUACAGAUUGUCUAUGACAUCGCCUCUGGUUUGCAAACCUCCGAGCAUCCACAUCCGGGUCGUGCCUUCUUUGCCGUGGGUUUUCCUAGGAUCUGCUAUUUACCCGAUUGUCCGCUGGGACGCAAAGUGUUGCGAUUCCUUAAGAUAGCCUUUGAUCGUCGUUUGCUGUUCUCCAUUGGUCGUUCGGUGACCACAGGACGCGAGGAUGUUGUAAUCUGGAAUAGUGUAGAUCACAAGACACAGUUUAAUAUGUUUCCAGAUCCCACCUAUCUGCAAAGGACUAUGCAACAGUUGGUUCAUCUAGGAGUGACAGACUAAAAGGAUAACAAGGAUGCCCCCGUCUCUGAAAACCCACCGAAACAACAUUUAUAAAUGUAUCUUCCCCCCUGAUCAGACUCUUCCAUAAGUCGUUAAGUUUCCUACAUAAUCUCAGUUUGUGUGCAAUCCUCGUUUACAUAUAUAUUUUUUUCGCUAGAUUUAUUUGUGUAUUGCGUGUUCGAGCUGCUCGAACCCUAAAACAAAUGGCAAUUGCAGUAGCUUCCUUUUCCCGCCGCUCUUCCAGACCGAUAUAUAAGGUGUUUCGUAACAGUAUGUAGAAGUAAGUAGCUUUAGUUUCUAGUUGUAGUGGCCCAGAAAGAAAAACGAAAAAAGACACCUACUAGUAUUAGGCAUUAUAGACCUGAUUCCUGGAUCCAAUUCAAUCCGAGUGCCAAAAAUCGCAGGCGCUCUCCAUUUCGUAGGAUAUGUAUUGUAUAUUGUUGAUAUAUAUAGACCAUUUCCUUUGCUGCUAUAUAUUUAUAAGGUAGUGUAAGGUCAAAGACCUUAUAUUAGCAAAAUGAGUAUCGCCGUUAUGCAUCUUGUUAUUAUAAGGUCUUUGGUAAGGUGUCAUAACCGUAUUUUAGAGAGUAUUUUAGGAAUGCAAACGCAUACGCAGCUUCCAUCUUGGCCAUUCGAACUCUUCCAUUGAUGUGAUUUUACAAUUUGAAUUAUUCAGAUCCUGCUUACUUAUAAGAUCAGCCAGAUAUUCCACUAUAUACAUACAAGCAUAUAUACAGCAUAUACAUUUAUCAUACAUUCGUUUAUAUAUACAUUUAUUUUUUUUUAAAUAAUUUAAAUUUUUGCACACAUUUUUUGAUGAAAUUGUUGCUUUCAUAUUGAUAUCAUCGAACAUCGUAUACAUCGCCAAUAUAUACAUACAUAUAUAUAUAUAGCAUAUAGAAUAUAGAAUAUAGAUUAUAGCAUAUAGUAACCACACACGGACAGCUAGCGGGUCUCGUCCGCCUCCAACCAUAUCUGAUAUGAUUUUUGAACUAAGAGUUGUAUUUAGCACUGAUUAGUUUUUAGUGUUCAUUGCGAAUAUAUCUGUUAAUUCCACCAACAAUAAAUACCAUUAUCACUUAAAGGA